AUGUUCGCCCGUGUAACCCGUCGUUUACUUUCCUUCACCCCUGAGGAAAAGCUGGUCUACAACAAGCUGUCAAAGGAACUAAAUCCAAGCAAGAUUAAGGUUCAGGACGUUAGUGGUGGAUGCGGGUCAAUGUUCGCCAUUGAUAUCACCAGCGACAAUUUCAAAGGGCUUUCAAUGGUCAAGCAACAUAAACUGGUCAACAGAAUUUUGCAAGAUGAUAUCAAGAGGUGGCACGGUCUACAGUUGCGUACACGAAGCGAUUAA